AUGGCGGUUCCGAUCGAAAACUUUGGGCUGGAGAAUCUCCUUCAGGAGAGAGUGUAUAUAAAAUGGGUUGAUGAGGGACAUUCUUAUACGUUGGGUUCUUGCUUAGCUGGCAAUAAAGAGAACACCAAUCUUCUUAUGAAAGUGGUCCGUGAUUCAGAAAGACGUAUUCAUGUUUAUUUCUCCCUUAAGGUGACUCACAAGCAUACUGGCAAAAAUCGCCCAAUGGAGAUGUUACUGGUUGUCCCGCCGCAUGGUGACUUUGAAUGUUCCUUGAAGUUUCUUCCAAUAUCGGGGCUUGAUGAUUUGUCCUCCCAUGACGCAUCUGCCCUCCACGCAGCCGGUCUAAGCAAUUUGGAGCAUAUCAUUGCCCUACCAUUCGAUCUAGAUUUUACAGGAUUUGUCGUUAGGAAGGAGAGGGAAUCUGCGACUAUCUUACCUUCCAACUCUACCUCGAGCGCAUUGAUGCAGAAACUCAGAUCUUUAUCUGUUACGAAGAGCUUUAAGGUUUAUAUCAGACCUUCCGAUUACGCGCGGGAACAUUUGAAAACGGUUGACGAGCUCUUGCGUGAUAAGAGCGUAUGGAUCUGCGAACCUGACAUGCGAAAGAUAUACUCUCAAAAAGGCAUUAUGCUAGUGGACUGGUCCCAGAUUAAACAUCAAGAAUUCAAGGGUAGACCACCGCCAUACACCACACACGAUGCACAAAGGUCGAUUGAAGUGCAGGUUCCUCGAUCACCGUCAAUCGCAGCUGUAGAUGCAAACGUAGAUAUUGUACCGGCAACACCGAGCCUCCUGCCAGUGUGCCAUGGUAUUUUCUCACCCGACUGUGAAGAGCCGUCAGAUGUUGCAGAAGACUUGGAUUUUGACGAUAUUUGUCAAGAUUCAGGACAUGUCGAACCAUAUCUUGAGGUGGACUCGGAUGAGGAAUACCUUGCCGCCUUAAAUGCUCAACAACUAAGUCAACAACUCAGACAAGACGCGAGCUCGGAGGCUCUUCGGUCAGAAUUCAAAGAGUGGUUAAAGGCAGCAAUGUCAAUAAAUGAAAAUGUGUACGAACACAGCCGACUGACUAAAAAGUUAUUCGCUCUUGGUGAAAGUGUCCAUACGUCUAAUGUUGGGAUGUUUAACGCUAUUAGACCUUGGUGCUCUGCAUUGUUCUUAUGCGACCCUACAGAUUCAAGCAGACCAACGGAUGAAUGGUUUGUCUCGGACAUGGCUGAGCUCAUCAAAUGGGUUAACACACUUCACCGUGGCGCUGAGAUGACUAUGCUGAUAGACGGUUUUCUACAGCUUGGUAGUGCUGCUCGUGUAUGUGACAAGGACCAGUAUAAGCGUCAUAAAGUUGACUUUCUGCUUCGCAUAUGGGUCGAAUUUGACUGCUCAAGUACCAGUAUCAACGGGGAGAGGAGGAAGGCCUUGUCCCGAAAAAGGAAUAUCUUGAAAACUGGUAGCAAUGUUUCUAAACGAGCUAGAACAGCUGCGUAA